AUGGCGCCGUCUCUGGUGGAACCGGUGCCAGCUUUCGACGCGCCAUCCAAGGUCGCACCGAAUCUCGUUGCGCCCGAGCCAGAGCAUUGUCCGGGACCUGAAUCAGAACAAGCAGGAAAAGGGGAUGCCUGCGCCGGGUGCCCGAACCAGGCCAUCUGUGCCUCCUCUACCCCCAAGGGCCCCGAUCCCGACAUUCCCAUCAUCACUGAACGCCUCUCGCAGAUCCGACACAAAAUCCUAGUACUCUCCGGGAAAGGUGGUGUGGGGAAAUCGACCUUCUCGUCCCUCCUCGCGCACGCAUUCGCCUCCAACCCCGAGUCGACCGUGGGUCUCUGCGACACAGAUAUUUGCGGGCCAUCGAUCCCCAAGAUGAUGGGCGUCGAGGCGGAGACAAUCCAUGUCAGCAACGCGGGCUGGAGUCCGGUGUGGGUGACGGAUAAUCUGGGGGCGAUGAGUAUACAGUUCAUGCUGCCGAAUCGAGAUGAUGCGGUCAUCUGGAGGGGCCCGAAGAAGAAUGGGCUCAUCAAGCAAUUCCUGAAGGAUGUGGACUGGGGAGAGCUGGACUAUUUGAUUGUGGAUACGCCGCCCGGAACAUCCGACGAGCACCUGUCGGUCAACACACUCUUGAAGGAGUCUGGUGUGGAUGGCGCGGUCAUUGUCACGACCCCCCAGGAAGUCUCUCUACUCGAUGUCAGGAAGGAAAUUGACUUUUGCCGCAAGGCAGGCAUCCGGAUCCUGGGUCUCGUCGAGAACAUGCGCGGGUUCGUCUGCCCCGGAUGCUCGAACACUUCGGAGAUUUUCCGGGCUACGACCGGGGGUGGUAAACGACUGGCGAAGAAGAUGGGUAUUCCAUUCCUAGGGUCAGUCCCUCUGGAUCCCAGAGUCGGCAUGGCUUGUGAUUACGGCGAGAGCUUCGUGGACAGCUAUCCCGAUAGCCCGGCUUCGAUGGCUAUCAAGCAAGUUGUCCGGUCCGUCAGUCAGAUGAUCGGGGAGGAUCCAGAUAAAGUGCUGCCUCCCGACGUUAUGGCUGAGUGA